GGCGGCCGAGCGGUGCGGUGCAGAACGCGGCGCAGGCGGGCGCGCGGGCAGCUCGCGGGCACCCGGCCGGCCGGCGCGGGAGCGGGAAAGGGUGCGCUAUGCCUUUAACGCCCGCGUACAGUAGACAGUAUAGUGGAGUGUAGGGAAACUCUAGGCGGGGUUAAAGUUCAGCGCGUGGAGCGGCAAGAGCGCUGGCUGCUGCAGUUGAGCCGAGUUGGAAAUGUGAACGCAAGAAGCAGGCUUGAUUUUUUUUUUUCCUCCCCCCCUCUCCUAGCUCUCUCCUCCUCUCUCUCCCUCUCGCACCCACACUCACGCACACCUCCAGCCCGCACACAGACGUGCACGCACCCCCCGCCGCCCGGCAGUUAUGUAUUCUCCGCUCUGUCUCACCCAGGAUGAGUUUCAUCCUUUUAUUGAAGCACUUCUGCCUCACGUCCGCGCCUUCGCCUACACAUGGUUCAACCUGCAGGCCCGAAAGCGAAAAUACUUCAAAAAACAUGAGAAGCGUAUGUCAAAAGAAGAGGAGAGGGCCGUGAAGGAUGAACUGCUAAGUGAGAAGCCUGAAGUCAAGCAGAAGUGGGCUUCCAGACUUCUGGCCAAGUUACGGAAAGAUAUCCGACCUGAAUACCGAGAGGAUUUUGUUCUUACAGUUACAGGGAAAAAACCUCCAUGCUGUGUUCUUUCCAACCCAGACCAGAAAGGCAAGAUGCGGAGAAUUGACUGCCUCCGCCAGGCAGAUAAAGUGUGGAGGUUGGACCUCGUCAUGGUGAUCUUGUUCAAAGGUAUUCCGCUGGAAAGUACUGAUGGCGAGCGCCUUGUAAAGUCCCCACAGUGCUCCAAUCCAGGACUCUGUGUCCAGCCCCAUCACAUAGGAGUUUCUGUUAAGGAACUCGAUUUAUACUUGGCAUACUUUGUGCACGCAGCAGAUUCAAGUCAAUCUGAAAGUCCCAGCCAGCCAAGUGAUGCUGACGUUAAGGACCAGCCAGAAAAUGGACAUUUGGGCUUCCAGGACAGUUUUGUCACAUCAGGUGUUUUCAGUGUGACCGAGCUAGUAAGAGUGUCACAAACACCAAUAGCUGCAGGAACCGGACCCAAUUUUUCUCUCUCUGAUUUGGAAAGUUCUUCAUACUACAGCAUGAGUCCAGGAGCAAUGAGGAGGUCUCUACCCAGCACAUCCUCUACCAGCUCUACAAAGCGCCUCAAGUCUGUGGAGGAUGAAAUGGACAGUCCUGGCGAAGAACCAUUUUACACAGGCCAAGGGCGCUCCCCAGGGAGUGGCAGUCAGUCCAGUGGAUGGCACGAAGUCGAGCCAGGCAUGCCAUCUCCAACCACACUGAAGAAGUCUGAGAAGUCCGGUUUCAGCAGCCCCUCCCCUUCGCAGACCUCCUCCCUGGGAACAGCAUUCACACAGCAUCACCGACCUGUCAUUACAGGACCCAGAGCAAGUCCACAUGCAACGCCAUCGACUCUCCACUUUCCAACAUCACCCAUCAUCCAGCAACCUGGGCCUUACUUCUCACACCCAGCCAUCCGCUACCACCCUCAGGAGACGCUGAAAGAGUUUGUCCAGCUUGUCUGCCCUGAUGCCGGUCAGCAAGCUGGACAGGUGGGCUUCCUCAAUCCCAAUGGAAGCAGUCAAGGCAAGGUGCACAACCCAUUCCUCCCCACCCCAAUGUUGCCGCCACCACCGCCACCACCAAUGGCCAGGCCUGUGCCUCUGCCCAUGCCAGACACCAAGCCUCCAACCACAUCAACAGAAGGAGGUGCAGCCUCCCCCACCUCACCAACCUACUCGACACCCAGCACCUCCCCCGCAAACCGAUUCGUCAGUGUUGGACCACGGGAUCCAAGCUUUGUAAAUAUCCCUCAACAGACACAGUCCUGGUACCUGGGAUAAAAGUUACAGCAUCCCACCAUCCACCAGACAGACCACCUGACCCCUUCUCAACUCUGUAACAUGGACGCAACCUCAACCCAGCGCAGUUACAACUUCACUGUCAGUGGAAGGGGAGAAAAACCGACUCGAAUCAACUUGUACAUGGAAACAGCAAGCAUCAUGGUCAAACAGCAAAGGCCAUAACCUUUCGGGAUUUUAUUUUUUUUUUGUUGUUGUUGUUGUUUUUAAUACCUUAGGGACUGUCGUAAUUUCUCAUAUGGUGCUGGAAAUGGUUGGGCUGUGUGACAUUUGAAGUGUUUCGGUGAUGGUGUGAGCAUGAGGUGAAGUGGCUGGUACAGGAGGAGCCUUGCUCACUAACUUCCUGUUGUAACACACUUCCCUUUCGAGCCUGGCCUUUUCACAGUAUUUCAUGAAUUUGCCCAUGCAGGUGUGACUCUCCCUGAGCAUUUAGAGGCACCUGAAGAAAGAAAUCUUUUGUAGUAGCUGAGAUCUGUGAUCUGUAACUUACAGGACACUCAAAGGGCAAUGGUUUUGGUUUUCUGUUGUUUUUUGUUUUUUUUUUUUUUUUUUUUUUUGGUUUUUUGGGUUUUUUGUUUUUGGGUUUUUUUUUUUUUGUUUGUUUUUUGUUUUUUUGUUUUUUUUCUGUAACAUAUUAGAAAAAGAAAAUGCAGUUGCGUUGAUCUUUCUUUUCGUUUGGUUUGGUUCAGCAGUUAUCUAUACAACACAGCCCGCAAGGACAGUGAACCCACUCAUGUUGCAGAACAAUUCCAAAAAGACGGCAAAGACUACUACUAUCAGUUGUUUUUUUUUUUUUUUU